ACAAAUGCUGUGGCGACGCCACCGUCCCUCUUUGGGAGCCACAAUAAACCCGUCGGUCUCUUCUUUCCCAUUCGAUUAAAUUGGGCAUCAGAUCUAGAGGCGAAUCCACGGCAUAUGCCCUCUCGCUCUCCCGCUUUAUCUAUCUCCCCGUCCUUCUAUUUUCCUUUGCCUCGCCGCCACGCCUUCGUCUCGCCCUUCUCGUCAGAUGGUAUCGCUGCGGACGCGGGUGGAGUCGUGGAUCCGGGAGCAGACGGCGAGGGUGGGAAUCUCGUGGCCGCCCUCGAUGCCUCCUCAGUGGCGGUGGCCGCCAUGGAGGGGCCGGCGCGACCGGAGGGAGCAGGAGAAGGCCCUCCGAGAGGAGUUCGAGCGGCAGCGGCUGCAGCUCAACGACCUAUGUCGCGCCGUCAAGGUCGACUCCGUCGCCGACCUCCAAGAAAUCCUCUGCUCCAUGGUCCUCUCCGAGUGCGUCUAUAAGAGGCCUACUGCUGAUAUGAUUUGGUAUAUAAACAAAUUUAAGUCUGAUUUUGGAGGACAAAUUGUUUCUCUUGAGCGUGUGCAACCAUCUUUGGAGCAUGUGCCUCAUAGGUACCUAUUAGCUGAGACAGGUGACACCAUUUAUGCUUCAUUUAUUGGAACAAAGCAAUACAAAGAUGUCAUAGCUGAUGCAAAUAUACUUCAGGGGGUCAUAUUCCAUGAGGAUAAUGUUGAAGAUGAUUUGAGUGACACUGAAAGCGACCAACUUGACAAUCCAAAGAAAUAUGAUAAAAAUCUUGGGAAGCCAUUUCAAGCAAAACGAAAACGGUUGAAAGAAAGUCCAAAACCUGCUGCGCAUCGGGGAUUCUUGGCUCGUGCUAAAGGAAUUCCAGCAUUAGAGUUAUAUAAACUUGCACAAGAGAAAAAUCGUAAGCUUGUUCUUUGUGGGCAUUCGCUUGGUGGAGCUGUAGCUGUAUUGUCUACGCUUGCAAUAUUGCGAGUUCUUGCAUCUUCUCCUCUGGCUAAAGAGCAUGAGAAUGUUCCAGUGAAAUGCAUCACUUUCUCUCAACCGCCUGUUGGGAAUGCUGCUCUGAAAGAUUAUGUUCAUCAGAAAGGAUGGCAGCACUACUUCAAAACAUACUGCAUUCCAGAAGAUUUGGUUCCGCGGAUUUUGUCUCCUGCAUAUUUUCAUCACUAUAAUGCACAAGUUCAGCAACCAUCUUCAGAUGAUGUCUUGGUGAAACAGGAAGAUGAAACUAGUAAGUCAAAUUCAAAAAAGCCCAAAAGAAAUAAUGGGGAACGACUAGUUUUGGGAGUUGGCCCUGUUCAGACCUCCUUUUGGAGACUCUCAAAACUUGUUCCCUUAGAGGGUGUUCGUAAGCAUUUAAAUGUGUUCAGAAAACUAGGAACUGAGGGUGGAGGUACAUCUUCAAUUGACAAUGGUAACAUGCAAUCUGCAAUUUACGAGACAGAUCCUGAACCACAGACUCUUGAAAUCCAGGAGGGUUCUGAUGGGAUUUCUUUAACUCCUUUUCUUGAUACUGAGAAAGGAACUAUUGAAUCAAAUGGCAAUUAUGUAACUGGGAAAAGCAGCGCUGGUGUUGCGGAAUCACAAGGCUGGCGUAGAGUUCCUUACUUACCAUCUUAUGUACCAUUUGGACAGCUCUAUCUCUUGGGAAGUUCAUCAGUUGAAUCACUUUCUGAUGCAGAAUAUUCAAAAAUGACAUCGGUGAGGUCUGUCAUAACAGAAUUGAGGGAGCGUUUUCAAUCUCAUUCUAUGAAGUCAUAUAGGUCUCGCUUUCAGAAGCUAUAUGAGAUAUGCAUGUGCAUAAAUACUCCUCCCUUUCUGGGGAUGGAGCAGUUACCACAGUUUCCACAUUUACAACAAUUACUUGGUCUAGCUGCUCCUGGUGCUGUUGAACUUGCCCACAUCAUGGAGCCUCCUGUUAUCCAAACAGCAACUUCUAUUCUUCCUCUUGGAUGGACAGGAGUUCCUGGUGAUAGGAAUGCACAGCCAUUGAAAGUUGAUAUUGUGGGACAUGGUCUGCACCUCUGCAAGCUUGUACAGGCUCAAGUAAAUGGAAGCUGGUGUUCAACAGUAGUGGAAUCCUUAACUCCGAUGCCAGCAUACUCAACGAAUGAUGGGAUGCAAACUCAGACACAAAAGAUGCGGAUCUUUAUUGGUCCUCCUCUGAAACAGCCACCAAAAUAUCCAGUUAUAGAUGAUUCUUUGCGUCCCGGCUUCUCAAUUGCAGAACGUUUCAGCAUAGGCCCGGACUGUAAUAUAGAAUCUUCCUCUGAAGGUGGAAAGUUAUGCAGUGGCAAUUUUGAUACUUUCAUUGUAUAUUGUACUAGUGACUUUUUAACCGUCUGCAAGGAGGUUCAUGUGAGAACUCGGAGAGUACGAUUACUUGGAUUUGAGGGUGCUGGAAAAACUAGUCUGUUUAGAGCAUUGUUGGCUCAGGGUAGACAGAGAAACAAUGCAAAUUUUGAUAUCAUACAUGCAGAUGUGGGCUCUCCAGAAGGUGUAGUUGGUGGAAUACGUUAUUUAGAUUCAGUUGGUGUGAACCUGCAGGAAUUACAUUUAGAGGUUUCUCGUUUUAGAGAAGAAUUGCAAAUAGGAGCUCGUGAACUUAGUAGAAAGACGGAUUUGGUUGUUCUUGUGCAUAAUUUAUCAAAUAAAAUACCUUGGUUCAAUGAUACAAGCACUUCAGUGCCAGCCCUCUCACUUCUCCUGAAUGAGGCCAAGGCUCAUGAGAUCCCAUGGGUUCUAGCCAUAACAAACAAGUUCUCUGUCAGUGCCCAUCAGCAGAAAAUGUUAAUUGAUUCUGCAAUGGAAGCUUAUGAAGCAUCUCCCGACAUGACUGUAGUUGUGAACUCCUGUCCUUUUGUGAUACCAACUGCUUCAAGUAAUCUGCAGCCAUUACAUUCAGUUGAUGACAACUUUGUCGGGAAUGAGUCUAACCAGAAAGUCUGGCUACUCCCUUUUAACAUUGCUCGAUUGUCAUUUCAGAAAAAGUUAGCAGUUAUGCCCGUCGAAGGUAUCACUGCCUUUCGCCAACUUGUGCACCGUGUGCUUGCGAGUAACGAGGAGAUGGCUUUCCAGGAACUUGCAAAUGAGAGGUUUUCGUUGCAGUUGGCAAAGGAGCAAGAGAAUUCUGUCAAUGUAAAGCAAGACUCUGUGGCAAAGGAAAGUUCCGUUACAGCCGCUGCCGUUGGUGCAUCACUUGGAGCUGGUCUCGGCCUCGUCAUGGCGGUAGUUAUGGGUGCAGCAUCUGCCUUGAGAAAGCCAUGAUAUCAUGCAAGUAUUCAUCUGUUCCAUUAUUCAGGUGUGGUCGAAAGUCGAGAUUACAAAGGGUGGAGGAGGAGGAGGUCGUCGUCCCUACAAAAGAAAACGAAGUGGGAACAACCGACUGCUACAGUGACGACGGGCGAAGCAGACGAGCUCUUCUCUCGUCGUCGUCUCCACGCCGUUGGCUGUGACCACAGACACGGAUGCCGUGUUCCACACUGCGUUCUCAUUUGGCACGUACACAAACGUGAUGAGUUGUGAAUAUUUUUAUUUAUUUAUUUUAUAAAUGGCAAGUGACGAUGAAUUUUUAAGAUUUUGUGAUGAUUAUGAAAAUUCUUUUUUUUUCUGUUA